AAGGGUCUUCUAAAACUACUCCUCCCUUGCAUCUUUCAGCAAGUAUAUUAUAGUGGUGCAGGCAAUUGCUAAGCUUUUCAGACUCUGAUAUUUUCUUUGCACGAAGAAGGAUGGCCAACAAUGUUGUUGUUUCCCUUGUACUGGCGGCGGUGGUGACCCUUGCGCUCCUGAUUACUGUUCAUGCUGUACCAAAGUGGUACGAGCAGUCCGUGAGUGACAGGCUUGGAAAUAGCCGAAAAAUCGACACCGGAAUUUGGCGGGAAUGUGACGAGCUGAACGUAGCAGGACGCAGGUCGGCUACAUGCACAGCAUUCAAGAUCACAACACCAGAGUUUCCAGCCAGCCUCCGUUCGGCUCAGUCCUUCUCCCUUACAGCCACAAUAUUCGCAGGUAUAGCAUUGAUCAUCACCUUGGUCAUUGAGUAUGACAGCACAAAGGUCAAGCUCCUGCGGCUGCCUCGCAUCUUCUUCUCUGUAUCUGGUAUCGCGAUUGCCAUUGCCGCUCUCAGCUUCGUCGCCUUCAUCAGCCAGGAUACUAAUAUCCAAACGUCUCGCCCCAGCGGGGCCGCGAGCUUUAAAUCAAGUUACGGUGCCAGUUUCAUCAUCGCAUGGAUCACGUUGGUUCCAGCCUUCGUGGCAGCCUUGCUGGCACAUGUCCAUCAUACUGCGAAAGCUGCUUCAGCCUAAUUGAGUAAGAGCAAUGUGAAAUUACUGAUGGAAGAUUCCCUGGGGCUAUUCAAGAAAACGGCACUGUAGCCUAAUCUACAAGAAUGUUUCUUGUUUAUAUUUGAAGUUUCUCCCAGGGCUAUCAAGCAACAUUUUCACCGCAAGCUAAUCUCUGCUGUUUUUGCCUCGAAAUCCUUCUUUUUCGGAAACAUAGAGUUCUUUACACACAUACAUGUACAUGUACACUGUACAUGUCGACAUUAUAGGAAAUGCUUACAGUACAAUUAGACCUCCUUGUAGCUACAUGUACAUUAACACUGCUGUUUCCGACACGCUUGUUUAAAUAUUAUAAGAAUAUUAGUAUUAUUAAUAUUAUAAGAAUAUCUCUUAACUCGUUUCCAUAUGUCCUUUUCCUUUCUACUUUUAUUUUUGGCUCAAUAUCCGAGUUUCAAAUAUAUUUUGAUUAUUUGUUUUAUGAACAAUCUCUUUAUCUUUCACAGAACUCGUUUUCUCCGGUGUCAAGAAAGGAUACCGCUGAACGGAACACUUGAUUAUUUGCUAUGGUUCGUGCUUCCGUGAUAACCGAGUAACUAUUAAACUAGUGUCCAAAGCAUGGUGUGCCCUGUUGUACUCCUGCACACACUUCUCUGUUCCCCACUCUAUCAAUCAUACACGACUUUAUAACGCCUUUACCCAUACCCAUACACGUACACGUACAUGUCAUUCGAAUAGUGCACUGAGCAUUCGACUACAACCACUGUGCCAUUGAUACUCUAGCACAAUUUUCCUUUCUACUCUACGUUAACCAGUCGCAGUCAAUGCUGCCCUCCUGUAUGAUUUUCAGGGAUGCUAUCCUUGAAUUCCUUUCUCCUCCUCCCUUGAAUUAUCGCACAGUGUAAGCGUUUUUCGUCUACCCGCCGCUGUUCAAGCCCCAGACUUUCCAUAUUUCUGCCAAUUUAACUCUUUUGUACACAUACAUGAAAACUCACUCCCUCCACUGCUACUCGCCUUGUUGCGAGUAUCAAUUCUCACUUUUGAAUUUCAUUUCCAUAGCCACCCGUCGCAUUAAUAUUUUCUUCAGUUUAGCGGUUUCUUCCGGAUGUUGUGCGAAAGCUAGUUUGACGUAAAUCAUUAUCCACCAUUUUUGUUUCUCCACAUACAUGUACAUGUACUUUCUAUUGUACAUGUACUAGCCCAUUGUUUAUUGAUUGUCCAUCACAGCCUUAGUUGGCUUCCAUGAUUUGCUUGUUCCUCGAAGUAAAAUAAAGUCGUUACACAUGUCGA